AAUGCAUCAAAUAUUUCGACGAAACCAAUAUAAAUCACGUAUCUCUCGUCUCAUUUGUAUUUGUCUCUUUCGUCUUGAAUAUUGCUUUUCUCCUUCAUCUCCCAAAGAAGUCAUUGCUUCUGUUUAUUAUCUUGUAAUACAUUAUACCAGCUAG